GGGGCGGCGGUGAGGGCGGCGGUGAGGGUGGAGGUGAGGGUGGCGCCUGAAAGUGGCGGCGGCGAGGGCGGCGGCGAGGGCGGCGGCGAGGGCGGCGGCGAUGGCGGCGGCGAGGGCGGCGGCGGUGAGGGCGGCGGUGAGGGUGGAGGUGAGGGCGGCGGCGAGGGCGGUGGCGGCGAGGGCGGUGGUGGUGAGGGCGGCGGCGAGGUGGGCGACGGGGUGGGCGACGCGGUAGGCGAAGCCGUCGGCGACUCUGUAGGCGAAGCCGUCGAACUGGGUGCAGAGGAGGGAGCGGCGGAGGGGGCGGAGGAGGGGGCGGAGCUCGAAGCUGACGAGGGCGAAGAGGAGGGGGCGGAGCUAGGAGCCGACGAUGGAGAAGAGGAGGGUGCGGCGCUGGGCGAUGACGACGGGGCAGAGCUCGUAGCUGACGAGGGCGAAGAGGAGGGAGCUGACGAGGGCGCGGAGCUCGAGGGCGGCGGCGGUGAGGGUGGUGGCGGCGAGGGCGGCGGCGAGGGCGGCGGCGAGGGCGGCGGCGGUGAGGGUGGAGGUGAGGGUGGAGGUAAGGGCGGCGGCGAGGGAGGUGGCGGCGAGGGCGGUGGUGGUGAGGGCGGCGGUGAGGGUGGAGGUGAGGGCGGCGGCGAGGGCGGUGGCGGUGAGGGCGGUGGUGGUGAGGGCGGCGGCGAGGUGGGCGGCGGGGUGGGCGACGCGGUAGGCGAAGCCGUCGGCGACUCUGUAGGCGAAGCCGUCGAACUGGGUGGUGCAGAGGAGGGAGCGGCGGAGGGGGCGGAGGAGGGGGCAGAGCUCGAAGCUGACGAGGGCGAAGAGGAGGGGGCGGAGCUAGGAGCCGAGGACGGGGAAGAAGAGGGCGCGGAGCUCGGCGAGGAGGAGGGGGCGGAGCUAGGAGCCGACGAGGGCGAAGAGGAGGGUGCGGCGCUGGGCGAUGACGACGGGGCAGAGCUCGGAGCUGACGAGGGCAAAGAGGAGGGAGCUGACGAGGGCGCGGAGCUCGAUGGCAAGUGCGGCGUGCGCGGCCAGGGCGCAGGCAAGUGCGGCGUGCGCGGCCAGUGGCUAAGCUUACUAGAUCCUGACCAAGCGUUCCAACGCGAUGGCUGA